ACACGCACACGCACACGCCCGUCACACGCCCACCCGCCGCCCUCGAGUCUCCACCACGGUAGAUAAAUCGGCCUCGAGCGCGCAUCCAGCACGCCGCCGCCCACCGCCGCCCGCCGCCCUCUGCCCGCCGCCCUCUGCCCGCCCGCCAUGGCGUCGAGAAAAGACAUGCGCCGCGCCGACCUCAUCGUGCCCUACGCCGAGCCUGAGAAGAGCAAAGACGAGGGCGACAUGAGCAGCACCCUUUCCAGCACGCUGCCCAUGGCUGCGAUCUUCACGCGAAACAAGACCAUCGGAUGGGUGUCGGUCGUCUUUGCCAUCCAGGCCUGGCUCGCUGAGACGCCCGAGCAGCAGAAGACGUCGAGCACCCCCGCCUACUUCCAGGUCGGCAUGUCUAACCCGUUCGCGGAAGCGGAUGAAGAUACCGGCCAGGUCAAGCAGACUCAGCAGGACUACAUUCAUAUUCGUAUCCAACAGCGCAAUGGCCGCAAAACCUUGACGACGGUGCAGGGGCUCCCCAAGAAGUUUGACCAGAAGAAGAUCCUCAAAGUGAUCAAGAAGAAGUUUGCCUGCAAUGGCACCAUUGUGACCGACGCCGAGAUGGGCGAGGUCGUCCAGCUCCAGGGCGACCAGCGCAAGGAUGUCCAAGACUUCUUGACCGACAAGAAGGAAGGCCUUGGCCUGGACGCCAAAACCAUAAAGGUCCACGGUUUCUAGUUCCCCUGGGAACUGCUCGCCUUGCCCGCCCUCGGUAUCGCGGCCUUACUUCGUCUGCGGCUCGGAUACAGCGGGCACGGCUUUUUUUGUAAGCUUUCGUUCUACGUCUCCAUAUCAGCAACAAGAGAGGAGUGCGGGUUACGACGUCCGAGAGAGAGAGAGAGGGGGGAGUGGGGGUCUUCGCGCUGCAAUGAGAAUUGCUAUGCGCUGAAUGAUUGCGUCGACAUGGGCCGUUUUUUUUCUUCCUCUUAUUAGAAUCGCUACUGGCGAUGAGAAACCAAAUGAAAAUGACUUUUGUCUGGC